AUGAGUAGAUGUUCCGUUAAACCAAUACUUUUAUCAACAGCUAGUGGCUCGUUUAAUUAUCAAUAUUCACCUUUUAGACAUGAGUAUGAGGUUUUGGGAUCUAAUUCUAUUGAAAAUCAAAAAAAUAUUUUCAUCCAACUCUUGAAAUAUUUUUCAGUUUAUGAAAAUCAACACAAAGAGAUUUCAGAUGAUGUAUUAACAAAAUUAACCAAUCAAAGUCUCACAUUUAGAUUACAAGUUCUUGCGGGUCUUAUUGACGCAGAUGGUUACAAAUUACAAAGUAAAAAUACUUAUAAAUAUUAUUAUUAUUUACAUAAAUAUUCAGAGGAUGCAUCAAUAAUCCGACUUGCUCGUCAUCUUGCGCGAUCAGUUGGAUUCCAAUGUAUUGCGUACGAAACGACAUAUUCGGUUCCUAAUGAAAGUAACUACUAUGAUGAUUUAGAGCAGAAAUUUAUAAUUUAUGAUACAAAUAUUACCCAAGAACAGGCAGUAAUUAGUAUUGAUAUUAAGGGUGAAGGUUUAGAAGAUAUUCCAUGUAUUAUUAAAUCAAAAAGAAUAAAUCGCAGCAGAAACAAGCAGGAACACAUUGUAAUGAAUAGAGUAGCGACAUUAGAGUAUGAAUUUGACAUUAUUGAAAUAGAACCUGGUGAAUAUUACGGUUUCCAAGUAACCGGAAGUAAUCAACGGUUUUUACUUGGAGAUUUUACAGCAUCUCACAAUUGCCAAGUAUUUGAUGGUGAAAUUGAAAGCUUGCAGAUAGAUAUGGUACAGAAAGAAAGUAUCCAUCCAAGAAAAUCCUACAAAAUGAAUUCAUCUUGUGCUGAUAUUUUAUUAUUUGCUGCCUACAAAUGGAAUGUAUCUAAACCAUCACUAUUGAAUGAUACUAAAGACACAAUGGAUGGUACUACUACUUCUCGAUGGUUUGUUGAUGUUCAACUUCGAUUUGGAGACUACGAUUCACAUGAUAUUGAACGUUAUACCAGAGCCAAGUUCUUAGAUUAUUCAACAGAUAAUAUGAGUAUCUAUCCAUCACCAUUUGGUAUAAUGAUUGGUAUUGAUUUAGCAUAUAAUUUACAUUCUGCAUAUGGACAUUGGAUUCCUGGUUCCAAGACUUUGAUCCAGUCUGCAAUGGCAAAAAUCAUGAAAGCGAAUCCAGCAUUAUAUGUUUUACGUGAACGUAUAAGAAAAGGUUUACAAUUAUAUUCGUCCGAACCCAGCUGGUGUUAA